AUGCGAUACACACAUUGUCUGGGAUUCACACAUUCCUUGUGGCGCGUGACUGGAUGAUCCGGUUCCGAUAAUUAUGCCUCUCCUAUUAUAAACUUCUUUUAGCCCGCUUUGAACUGUAUAAGUAUUAUGGCGAAUAUCGACGGUUUUCUGGAUUCCGUCAAAGAGCGUGUCAGCACAGUAAGUGACAAUCAGAACGUUGUCAUUGUUACAGGAAAUGACUCGGCCGAUCUCGAUUCGAUCAUUUCAGCGUUACUGUUUGCCUAUAUUUCCAAUCAGCAAUCACCUGACGUAUUAUAUAUUCCUUUGGUCAAGGUGCCCUUGGCCGAUCUCGAACUACGUCCUGAAGUCGGUUUCGUACUCGAGUCCGCUGGCGUCAACUACAAAAAGCUGAUAUGCAUCGACCACAUUGGCCUGCCAGCACUCUACGACGCCAACGCCCGCGUUUUUCUAGUCGAUCAUAACCGACUAACUGCUCCAUUUGAUGAAAACAAAUGGAGAGAGCGCGUGAAUGGUGUCCUGGACCAUCACGUGGACGAGAAUCAAUAUACAGACACCCCUAUACGCAUAAUUACCACUGUUGGAUCAUGUACCACGCUUGUGGUAUUGCAGUUCCCUGGUAUUUUUUCCAACGACAAGACGCUGUCGCAAUUGGCAGUGGGACCCAUUCUCGUUGACACUAUCGGCUUACGCUGGGAUUUUGGCAAGACGACCGAAACGGACGAAAAAGCAUACGAUAUCGUCCGUAAGCUCGCAUCUCCCUCGUUAACCUACGAUGCCAUCGAACAAGUCAAGUCGCGCAUCCAACAUCUUUGCACGCGCGAUCUUCUAAGAAAAGACUACAAGGAAUGGGUCGUCGAUGGAUACCGCGUCGGCACUAGCUCGUUGUCAUGGAAUUUUCAGGGCUGGAUUGACCGCGACGGCGCAGAGGAUAUCGUUCAAAAAACCCAAGAAUACAUUAACGAGCGCCAGUUAGACAUGGAGGUUAUCCUGACAGGAUACAAUGGCGAAGAUGGACUGUACAGACGUGAGUUAGCUCUGUUCGUAUCGCACACUGCCUUACUUCUUGUGAAAGCUACACUAGAGAGUGACGACAGCGUUGGGUUGAAACAGUUUCCGUUCAUCAAUGCACAAAGUAGCAGUGGUGUGGCAUUUUAUAGCCAAGGAAAUGUCAAGUUAUCGCGCAAGCAGAUAUGGCCUCUUGUUCAAUCCAUCAUCGAACAAAAAGUAGAAGCAAAAAUAUAGACUACAAAUUUUACGGCUAUUAUUGGUGUACGUUUGUCUACUUGUAUGCAUAAAAGUAUAAAGUAAUAUCGCUACAUAUAAAGCUGAGCGUAAGUACGCCACAUUUUACUGCGCUGUUACAUUUUGGAAAUAUAGGGACGAGUCGUAUGAUGAAUUCUUCGUAGACAUCGAGUAGAGCUUGAACAUUGAUCGAGCCGGCGCGUUAGUAUAACACACCACUUACACUAUCCUCAUCUCCCUAUAACAUUCAGC